GUCAAACACACCCAGUAACUGCAAACAAAUAUGGCUUCUUCAGAAUCAUCUGACAGCCGAACAAAUAGUUUAAAUACAACAAGUAGCCAUAAUGAUGAGGCAUUGACCCACAAUGAAUUAAAAGGAUGGUUACUUAAGCGAUCCAAAAUAUCCAGGAAGUGGAAGAAACAAUGGUUUCUUCUGAAAAACACUGAUUUGUUAUAUGGUGACACACCCGAGAAUGCAUCAAAAAGAAUAGCACUGAAUGAUGCUGAAAUAUCUGAAUCAAAUAUAGAUAAGAAAGAUCAUACAUUCAGGAUAAAAUCCAAAGACAGUAACAGGUCAUUUUAUAUGCAAGCUGAUAGUGAGAAUACCCAGCAUGAAUGGAUGCAGGCCAUUUGCUUUGCUAAGGCAGCUGGCAGGGAUGGAGACAAUUCUCAAGCCUGCGUUAUUCAAUAGAAGACUUGUCAGUCUUCAGAGAAUAUCAAUUUACAGUCAUAUUCUAUAAUGAUAUUAUUACCAAAAUGUUCUUACAUUGUAUAUAAGCAGACACAAAAGAAAAACUCACAGAAGAAGAAAACAGAAAGGGAUUUGGAAUGCAUUUUCAUUUGAUUGCAUAUGGAUAUAUAUGCAUUUAAGUACUUGUGUACUACUCAUUUUUCAUUUGUAUAUAAAUGAAUACUAGGUUUCUGCUUUAAAUUUCAUUUUUGAAUUUAUACUGAAUAAGAUGUAUUGUUGUUAUCUUACAAAACUUUCUGCUUUCCCCCCUUUAAAUUGUGUUUAGAAUUGUUAUAUUUUUUAUUGCUCAAAGUUUUCUUAAAACAUAGACAUUUUUGACUUUGUUGAAUGAAUGAAGUUUAAGAAUUGAAAACCUGGUGAUUUAUUUAUGUAUUCCUAUGUAUACAAUGUAUAUAUAAUUUAUAACUUCUUUAACAUUCCAUUUAGGUAAUCAUGCCUGUUCUUACACAAUUCCUUUUGUUUUAAUGACGAUGCAAUGCUUUAAUAUGCAUGUGAAUUAUGCUUGUACUCAUUAAAGUCCUCUUAAGUAAUAGAGACAAACAGUCAAAUAGGUAUUUCAUGUUUAUUUUUCCUUCUGAUCUUUUAUGUACAAGUAAAGUACUGUUAUACAUCAUUUAUAUAAUUUCUCCCUUCUUUUUUUAUCUACAUGUACAAUAUGAUAUCAAAGUCAGUAUUUUAUAACUUUCGUUUGUUUCUGGUGAAUCAUUUAAAAUUUCAUGGAUGUAAAAUAUUAUUUAUAUGGUAAACAUGGGUAUAGCUGGAAAUUGAUUGUUUUUCAAUAUUGCAAAUGCUUUUGUUUUAGGAAAAUGUUUCAAGCUGUUUAUGUCAAGAGAAAUUUUAGUUAUGUGCAACUAUCUGCAUCACACAUCACAAGUAAUUUAGUUCUAAAUAUAUUAUCAUCAAGAAAUAGUUUCAAAUUUUAAUGAAAUUUGCUGUUAAGACAUCUUUUUUGGAUUAUGUGUAGCAUGUAUUUAAUAUGUCAUUGUUUGCUAUAAGGCAAGAAAUUGCUAGAUAGGAAGGGACAAAUGGUUCUCAAUUUUUAAAAAUUAUUCCCUGUUGUACACUUUUUUAUUUGAUUUUCUUUAUUCAAAGUGUUUCUCAACAAUAAUAAUUGUACUUGCAGUUAAUAUGUCAGUUGAUAGCUUUGUAGUUUCAUUGUAAGUUUUUAUAGUACAUGUAUACAGUUGAGUUUUCUGAUUAACUUCUAUACUUAAUGUAUAUAGUUCUGCAACAUACAGUACAUUUUGCAUUUUCUAUAAUAUGUUAACAUUUUAAAAUUUAUAUUUGCAAUUUUAUGUUUGUUACAAACAAUUCCUUUUGAGGCCACUCUUGUUAUUUUAAGUGCCUUCAGACCUACAUGUGCCAUAUGCACAAAAAUGUACAUGUACAUGGAUAUCUGCAAAUGCUGUUUGCUAAUAAAUUCUGUAUUAAAAUCAAUUCUGUAAUUGCAUGCACUUUCGCAGUCCCAUAUUUAUUAUCCUGAGAUAAGUUUAUUGAAAAAUGUUUAAAUUAGAUUCUUUGAAAACAGUACUUUUAAAGUUAAGGUGAAAUAUGAUGAGACAGAAAGUUAAUUAAUGAUGCAAAUUCAGCUUUAGGUGUAUUUUCUCUUUUUAAAAAAAGCAGCCUGUAUUAAAUUUGUGAAAAAUAUAGUCUGGUAGUUUUUAAACAAACAAAUUGUACCAUGUUAAUGCAAAAAAAGCAUCAGCCAGAAACUAAUCGAAUCAAUUGAAAUAGACACUUAAGUGUUUAAAAAGUGUCCAAAAAUUUUUGUUUCAUGAAUCUGAAAUUUGAGGCCAGAAUCAGCCCUUACCGGACCUACUCCUUUGGGUAACACACAACUUCCAAAUAGUUUAAAAGAAAUUACUUAUGAAAAAUAGUUGAAAUAUAUCUUAUAUCAAUUGGAGAUAUAAUUCAUGCAUUUACAAUAAGUACAUGACAUUUUCACUUGAUAGAUACAGAAUUAAUUAAAAAAAUGGAUUAAAUAGAUUCAUUCACAAAGUCAGCUUAAAAUGAUCAGUUUGUAAACAAAUAGAAAAGGAUCUUUUCUUUAUGUUUACAGAACAUUCUCCUAAUUGAUUGUUAUAGAUGUUUUGUCAAUUAUUAAUUAAUUAUUAAGUUUCAAUAGAUUAAGUACUUGUUGAUUAUGUAAAUUUGAGUGCUAGAUUAUGUUUAUAUGUACUUGUGUUUUGUUUCUUAUUAUCUUAUUUAACCUCUUCCACAUUACAAACUUGCCACCAAAAUAGAAAAAAAUGAGAGAAAACUAUGCUAAUGAUAGAUUUUUUUAUUAUAUUGACUACUGGAAGGAAAAGAAUAUAUUCAAAGGUUGUAUAUAGACAUAUUUUUCAAAUUUAGUACCUGUUUAAUAAGAAUUUUGUGACACACUGUUAUCCUUUAUUUUAAUCUAAUGUGAUUGAGUUCCUUCAAUUCCAAUUGCCAGGAUUUUAAUAUGUCUUCUGGUAUUGUUGUUAUGUUAGCUAUUGUAUAACUUUUAUAUCAGGAUAAUUUAAGUUGAUUGUGUUUAAGUAAUUGAAGGCAUCACACAACAGUCUAUUUUUGUUGGACUCUGAAAAUAUCCAUUUGAAUGAUAAAAAACAUUUCACAUGGGCUUUUAGAAAUUUGGAUCAUUAAAAACUGCAUAUGAUACCCACCAAGUUACACAAUUUAUACCAAAGGAUGUAGAAAUUUAAUGAUAGUUAGAAAAAAUAUUGUGAUUUAGUAUUUGUAUAGUUCAUUAUAAAUUGAUAAAAACUUAAGUUGACAGAAUGCAAAUUAUUUGCAGUGAUGCAAACAGACAAAGCACAUCACUGUUUCAACAACCUACAGUAAAUGUGUUAAAUGCUACUACAUUGUGGAUUCAUUUAUUUAUUUUUGAUCAUAUUUGGUGGGUACUUAUGUGGCGUGAGGAAAAAUUGCAUUUCGGUAAAUUUUUGAUAGAUGGUUUUUGCCAGAGUCUGCAUAUAAAACCUAUUGAAAACGUGGAACUAGUCUUCUCUUAAAGGAGGGUAGUAUACCGUACCUAAUAAUGUCUGCACGGUUCAGCUAUAAAGCAAGCUAAUCAAAGAUUAUACCUUUACCUUCACACUCAAUGCAAUCUGCUGUAAGAAAGUAUUUACUGUUGUCUCCAGCUUAUUGUACAUUCAAAUUUUAUAGUUUUGAAAAUAUAAUUCUUGAAUGUGUAUAAAACUGUGGGUUGGUUCCACUAAUGUUUAGUUAUAUAUAUAUAUUUGUUUAUUUGAUAUUGUAUAUCAAAGACUCUCUAGAUGUAGUUAAUUGUAUAUGUACAUUGUACAAAGGAAGCAAAAAGUCAUCAGUAAGGCAGCUUUAUUGUACCGGUGGGGAAAAUGUUUUAAAAUUAUUCUUGAAAAAGCCCCCAAAGAAGUGUUUCCUUUGUAAUCCUUUUCUUUAAAGAGCGCAUAUUUAAGGUAGCAAAUUUAUUUAAAAUAAAUUGUGGUAACAUUAAGUACUGUGCAUUCAUUAAUCUUCGUUGGAUACCAAUUUUCGUGGAUUUCGUGGGAACAAGUGUAGUAAAAUUUUCAACAAAUUACAUAUUUUGUAAAGGAAUGAUUGUAAAUUUUGCCAAAACCACGAAAUUAAAUAUCCACGAAUAUGUAAGUUUUCCACAAUCCACGAAAAUUGUUGCCCACGAAAAUAAAUGAAUCCAAAGUAUAUAUACACUGAGUGAUGUAAGUAAUCUUCAAAUGACAUGAAGGUACACUUUUUGCGAUCACUAAUACCAGGGUUUUCCUGUAGACAGCUUUUAAUAAAUCCUUUUUCCUUAAUUUAGUUUUAAAUAAAGUUUAAAAUUAAUUUUACAGUUACUAAUCACUAUACCUUUGAAAUUUCCUAAAUAAGAUUGCGGAAACUAUUAAAUUGGUCAAGUGCUGCACAUGUUGUCAUUGACCAUUUAAAUAUUGAAUUUUUUUUAGUAAAAGAUAAAUAUGCAUUUUGAAUGUAAUGUUUCCAACUGAUCACCUUGUGACAAUAGGUUUUAAGUUGGAUAAUGAAUGACAUAUGUGCUAGGUGUGGGAAUUCGGUUGAGGGAUUGAUAACAAGUUUUGAUUAAUCAAGGAAUGAUAAUAUUUCAUGAGAGGUAAACAACACAAAUGCAAUGAAACAUUCAAAAAGACAGAAUAACAAUGUUUUGAAACUAAAUUUGUUGAAUUAGUAAGGGAAAGUUCAAUUGUCAUUCAUUUAAUAGGCAUUAAAGUACAAUAGAUUUAUAUUAACGGUAAAUCAUAACCUUGAUUGUUAAACUCUUUCUUGGUAUUUAAAUGAUUUGUGGUACCAGAUGACUUAAUGCUUUUAGUUGAUCUAAUUUUUUAUCAUUUAUAGAAUUAUAUGUUAGAUUAUGUUAUAUUAACAUAUAGGAUUACAGUAAUAUCCAAGUGCUGUAAUGCUUUUUUCAUUGCAAAAUACUUUUAUUAUGUUUUGCCUGAUCUUGUUAUCUUUCUUUUGGUAAUGUAUUUAUAACAAGGAUAGCAAUGAUAACAGUUAUAUCAUCAAAAGGAUAAAUAAUUAAUUUCUGAAUAUUUCCUAUGUAUAUGAGAAAACAAGGAAUUCAUUUAUUUUGGCUAUAUGUAUUUUUUUUUAGCAGGUUCCAAUUUUGCUGACUGAGGUAGAAUUGUACUUUUGUGGCUGAUAAUUGUUUAAUGGAUUUUGAUUCUUUACCAUGUCAUUUGUUAAGGUUGACUUCAAAAUUAGGGCAUAUUUUUAUAUAUCAAUCACAAAGGUAUAAUUCUUGUCUUCAAAUGUCAUAAGGAUAGCACAUUAACAUUAUCAGGAUUGCUUCAAUGAUAUGUGAAGUUCUUGUGACAACCUUUAUUUUUUAACUGUUAAUAGAUUCUGUGAUAGUUAUUUCUUGUUAAUAUUGUGGUUAUUUAGACUAUUUUUCAUUGUCAAUAUCAUUUUAUUGUUUAUAUUGUGACAUUGUAUUUUAAAUGUUAUGCAAACUAAUAAAUCUCUGAUUUUUAUUUUACAA